UACAAAAUGGAAACGUUUAUGCAUGAAGUUUAGUUUUAUUACAAAUGGUGAAUAAUUAAGUUACGCCAUUUCUAGUUUUGUGGUCAAUGAGAAACUAAUUUGACAGAAAAGCUUGUGAAUAUCAAACAAAAUGUUUAAAUUAAUACAAUAUUGUUCUUCCAGUGCAAAUCCUUUUAGAAAAUCUUUAUUAUCCAAAUUUCCGGUGGGCAAGAAAUCGUUCAGUCUACAUAAUAAACCAGUUUUACCAAAAGCCCCUGAAGAUAAAAAAUGUUUAAUAAACGUUAUAUCGACGACUUUCGGGGUAUCUUUUGGCAUUGGAUUAUAUACCUUAAGAAAUCAGCAAAUUGUCUUAUGUGAGAAGAAAAUUAGUAAAAAUCGAUUACAUGGGACAAUUCAAGCAGAUAAAAUCCUCAAAUUUGAUUGGAAACUCUUCUGGAAAUAUAUUAAGCCUCAUCUUUUACACUUAUUAGGUGCUAUAAUUGCUGCCUUGGUCGUAGCAUAUUUGAACAUACAAAUACCACAGCUUUUAGGAGGAAUUAUUGAUGUUGUAUCAAAACAUUCUAAUGAAAUAGCUAUAAUAGGAUCAGGAGACAUGGCUUCUGGAAGUUUUUUCAAAGAUAUGAAAGCUCCGGCUUUGCAUCUCUUAUCAAUGUAUGGAGCACAGUCAUUCUUCACGUUUAUGUACAUUUAUCUGUUAUCUGGAAUCGGUGAAAAAUUAGCAACAAGCAUACGACAUGAUUUAUUUAAAUCGUUGUUGAAGCAGGAUAUUGAAUUUUUUGAUAAGCAUAGAACUGGAGAACUGGUCAACAGAUUAACGACUGAUGUACAAGACUUCAAAUCAUCUUUCAAACAAACGAUAUCUCAGGGACUGAGAGCAAUUGCUCAAUUAAUUGGUGGUUCAACAUCACUUUAUAUUAUUUCUCCGGCAUUAUCAAGUAUAGCCUUCGUUUGCAUUCCGACAGCUGUUAUUAUUGGAAGCUAUGUGGGAUCCAUAUUGAGGAAGAAAUCUAGAGAGGCCCAGGCUCAGAUGGAAAGAGCUACCGGAGUUCUAGACGAAGCAAUUUCAAACAUAAGAACUGUACGCGCAUUCGCGAUGGAAGAUACAGAGUCGGAUUUAUUUUUAUGGGAAGCCGAAAGAGCUCAAACCUUGAAUGAAGAUUUAGGAGUGGGCAUUGCCAUGUUUCAAGCUGCCACUAACCUUUUCCUCAACGGUUUGGUGCUAGGUACCCUCUACGCAGGCGGAUCUCUUUUAGCCACCGAUCAGCUCACAGCUGGUGAGUUGAUGGCAUUCCUGGUUGCCUCUCAGAACGUCCAGAAAUCAUUGGCCCAGGGUUCUAUGCUGUUGGGUUCCGUGGUCCGAGGAAUGAGUGCGGGUGCCCGAGUUAUGGAGUACAUCGGCAUCGAGCCAAAAGUUCCACUGAAAGGCGGAAUGGAGAUUCCACCAAAUGAAUUCAAUGGAAAUAUUAAAUUUUGUAGGGUAUCAUUCGCAUAUCCUACAAGAUCUGGGAAUACUGUUCUCAAAGAUUUUAGUUUAGACAUUCCUGCCGGAAAGACAGUUGCACUUGUUGGAGUUUCUGGAAGUGGAAAAUCAACGGUAGCCAAUCUCAUAGAACGAUUUUAUGAGCCUAAAACUGGUUCAAUAUCCAUCGAUGGAUAUGAUUUGAAAGAAUUAUGUCCAACAUGGCUUCGUGGAACCAGCGUCGGCUUGAUAGAGCAAAAUCCAACUCUAUUCGCUACCACAGUGAUGGAAAAUAUACGAUAUGGAAAACCUACAGCUUCGGAUGAACAGGUAAUCGAAGCAGCUAUGCAAGCGAAUGCCCACGAAUUCAUAUUAGGAUUCACGAAUGGUUACCGAACCUUAGUUGGUGAAAGAGGAGCUGCUUUGUCUGGUGGCCAAAAACAAAGGAUCGCCAUUGCUAGGGCUCUGCUUAAGAAUCCCAAAAUAUUAGUGCUGGACGAAGCCACAAGUGCCCUAGACACCCAAAGUGAAGCCCUCGUGCAGAGAGCCCUUGACAAUGCCACCAAAGGCAGAACUGUUGUAGUCAUAGCUCAUCGUUUAUCAACUAUCAGAAAUGCCGACAUCAUAGUGGUCAUGAAACAUGGAAAAAUCGUAGAGAUGGGCAACCACAAGAGUCUGAAAAAGGCCAAAGGACACUAUUGGAAUUUGGUCCGGGAACAAGAAAACGAGAGCGAAGAGAAGACAAAACGGCAAGGCUCCUAA